CCACCAAUCUCACUUUCCUUACUUCCUUAUGGCAAAAAGGCGAGAUGGUUGAAGUCAUAAUAGGAAAUAUAUUUUUAUGACUAGAUAUUUGGAGAUACUUCGAUUCUUUACAUCUUAGCAGUCUAUUGAAGGUAUUUCAAGACGACUGAUUGAACUACGGUAUGUGUUUAUUGUAGUUGACCAGUAGGAUUUGUUAUGUCGUGCACAGUGAUCAGCGAAGCAAAUGUUUUUCUGCUCAUGUUUUGUGGUCACUUCGUAAUGUUCUACGACAGGUUGUUGUGAUCACUUAGAAAUCUAAAUCCGUAGGACUUCAUGCGAAAACGCGCGAAAUAUUUCGUUUCGUUACCGAUUUUCUACUUGUGAUCGAGAUUGUGCAAGCUGACAUGUAGGCAUAGAAGCUCGUUUUUCACACGAUUUAGGAUUCUUUGAACGUUAAGAGUUUUUUGUCAAGAAUAUCUUUUUCUAUUGUGGGUACAGUCUGAAUUUUUCUUGCGAUAUCUAACUUACUAUUCUAUCUAGGACACAAUGAAGGUUCGUAAGGAAGUCAAUUUUAAUGUUCUAAAAAUAUUGCGAAGCGGUGAUCACCCGAAUGAUACAUUUCCGGUUUCACUUUCGACUCUUGCUUUGUCGUAGCUGUCAAAAUGGGUCUAAAAACACGUUAGCAAAUUAAUGUACAACUUUUGAUCUUCUCCCUUCUCGUGAAUGGUAGAUCUGGAAGAAAUGGUGAACAGACUUGAACAGUGGAAUAUUUCCUCUAUCAAGGAGAGUUAAUCUUUUGUUAAUGGUCCACUGGAUAAAAUUAACCGAACUGUCCUUUGCAAGAUGAAAUGUAGAAAACAAAACACGAAAAAGUCCUUGACAUCAUUUUAGAAGUUAAUAUGUACAGAAUUUUCUGGAAACCUUAUAUCAGAAUGGUCUAAUUCUUCAUAUCGUGUCAAUUCAUUUAACAAGUAGGAAGGUUGGUAGACUUGAUGUAAGUGCCAGGGUAUUUAGCUAUUGACAAAAUAAUUGUGGACAAUGAUAAAAUAUGAAUAAUAAAAAAUAUAUAUAUUGCAGAAAGAGUGACUAAAAAACGUGUACUAACAAUAGAUAAAUGCUGUAUAGGUGAUUUAAGAACAUAUGUUGCAAUUUUCAAAACUGUCUAGUCUUUCUUGUUAAUGCUUCAUUUAAAACUGUUUAUGUGACACUAAGUACUUUUUCCUAUGAAGAUCUCUUACAUGAAGAGUCUUAGGAGCCUGGCAUAUUUGGAGUUAAAUCCUCUCAUGCAACUUUUGAAUGCUGAAUUUUUACCAUAAAUUUGUUGUAGUAAUAUUCAGAGAACAUGUAUAUCAUUUCUGAGAAAGAAUAUAUUUUUGUAGUUAAGAUGAUUCAAUACAACUCUAGAGGAAAAAAAUUGAAAGUCGAUGCUUCCACCAAGAGUUGUAGGUGACUCUUGAUAGCUAAGAGGAUUUGAAGUCAGCUUGGAUUUUUUUGACUGAAAGUGUGGUGGCUGGCAGUUUAGUGCACAUUUUCAAUUGAAAAUUUAAAAUGCAGCUUCCAAGUAUACUUGGCAAGGUCAUAAGAAUUUUGGAAGGAAAGAAAAGUGGGUAAACAUGCCAGCUAUCAUUUGAACUUGUUGAUUUAAGUAACUUACUGUAGAUACAGUGUUACUUGUUCACUCAUCCACUCAGAUCUGCCAUUCCUUUUUACUUUUGCAGGUUUUUUUUCUCCCUUUUUUUUUUGACCUGAAAUCAAAUUCUGUUGAUGUCUAUGUUAAAUUUUUGUAGAAAAUAUCUGAAAAGCUGAAAUGUAAAUCAGUUUAUUUUGGGUUUUUGAUGCUUUUAAUUUUUUUUUAAGAUGAGAUUUGAUUUUCUUUGCAGGCUUAAAAGUGGUGUGAAGUAAAAAAGAAUGGAUUGGAGAUCUUUGCCAAAUCAGUACAUAGAAUAUCACUCAAAUGAUGCUAAUGAAACCAAGGAGAAGGUGCUUGUGAGGAAUUCUAAAGAAUUCUUGAGCACUUCUGAACCUGGCUACAGAUUUGCACCGGAAGUGAAAUUUUAUGACGAUGUAGAGAGAAUUGCUCAGAAAUUUGAAAGUGAUGAAGACUUCUUUAAAAUGAUGAAGGCUGGAAUUAACAGCCUUGAAAAAUGUGGAGUGAACUUGUGGAGGUUCCCCUGGUGUAAAGAGUACCACACUGUUAAGGUACCUUGUAUGGAAAUAGAUGAUUUUCCAUGUUUUUUUUCUCUUUGGCAGUGAUGAUGAAUGUCAACUUUUUUCUUUAAAAAUAAUGUAUCACUUCUAGAGUUUAAUCUGUGAUUGAAUAGUCUCUCAUGGCAGUGAAUGGGUUAGAGACAACAGAAGAUUUGUGAAAGUCUGUUUUGUUUCCCAUUGAUAGUGUACCAUUUCAGUAACACGAGUUUGCCUUUUGAGAUGUGUAUUUCAGGUGGCUCACAGAGGUUGAAACAAAUAUUGGAUCAAAAGGCAAAUUACGAAGUUCAUUUAUGAAUAUCAUAGGUGAAAAGUCAGAUUCAGAAAUCAUUAUACAAAAUUUUCGUUAUCUGACACCUCACUUUGCAGAUUCACCCAGUAAUUAAGUCAGUUGUGAUUGGUCAAUUUUGUUCAGUUGGUAAUGAGUCAAGGGGCUGUGUUAUAUUUACUAGUUAUGCUGAUGUCCUGACUAACCUUUCACUUUCGGAGUUAACUCCCAAUGGCCACUCUCGGCCUCUGCGCGUUGAGGUUUUUCGGUGAGCUUUGCAAAUUUUUCAUUUCUUCUUCAACAGCUUUACACAGAAUUUUUAAAGAAUAUUGAAAAACAACUGAAAGACAAGGAAUUCAUUUUUUCUGUGUUGAAGUUUCUCGGCUACACAGAAAGAGAUGAACACAAAGUGUAUAUAAAAGAUUCUGGAAGAAGAAAUCCCAUAUGGGCGUCCUUCAACCUCUUUUUACUUCAAGUGGAGUUGCAAAUAAUGGAGGAAAUUCAAAGUCAAAACUCAAGCAGAAAUAUUCCAUCGAAGGAAAUUGUUAGAGCAAGAUCAAAAAGGCGUACCGUGGAGGAAGCUAUUCGUUAUCUAGACCUAAAAUUUUCCAGUAAACAGCCAGAACUUGACAAACGACAGGGAGAUGAUGUAUCAUCUUACGGGCUCACCAGGGGGACGUCCAGUGAUAACAUCAAAGCCAGAGCCACACCUCCAGGUGAAUUAUCGUCAGGGGACCAAACCACCACCAGCAGCUAUAGCAGAUCUUCAGCAAGUCUCUCUGUUCCGUUAAAAGUAUCAGACAGUGGUGCUGUAGGUGCUAGUAAUCGUUCAGAUGAGCAUACAGUCCGUAACGGGUACGUUCCCACUGCUCAACUACCACAUCACAAAUUACCACUAGGCGGUGUUGACUGGGAACAGAUUACAGACAACGUUUUGUACGGUGUAAAUCCUGAAGAAAGCCAACCUGAGCGCGCUAGUGUAUACAACUGGGAGGUGCACGACCAGACAUCACUUAGUUCUCGCUAUCCUUGCAGAUGUGAUGAUUUUAGAAGGAGUGCCACGACAAGAGAAAAGACUGGUAGUAGCCAACAUGUUACAACGCCUCCAACAGGUCGCCCUCAAUACUCUGUUAACACAAAAGAAGGCCAGCAGCAUGACGCUGAUUCAAGUUACUACACUUUCCAUCAGCUUGGUGUACCACGCUGUCCUUGUCUCACAAAUGUAGGAGUUAAAGAUCCCGAAGUGACUGGUAAUAGCCAACAUGUUACAACGCCUCCAACAGGUCGCCCACAGUACUCUGCUAACACAAAAGAAGGCCAGCAGCAUGACGCUGAUUCAAGUUACUACACUUUCCAUCAGCUUGGUGUACCACGCUGUCCUUGUCUCACAAAUGUAGGAGUUAAAGAUUCUGAAGUGACUGGUAAUAGCCAACAUGUUACAACGCCUCCAACAGGUCGCCCUCAAUACUCUGUUAACACAAAAGGAGGCCAGCAGCAUGACGCUGAUUCAAGUUACUACACUUUCCAUCAGCUUGGUGUACCACACUGUCCUCGUCUCACAAACGUAGGAGUUAAAGAUCCUGAAGUGACUGGUAAUAGCCAACAUGUUACGACGCCUCCAAAAGGUCGCCCUCAGUACUCUGCAAACACAAAAGGAGGCCAGCAGCAUGACGUUGAUUCAAGUUACUGCACUUUCCAUCAGCUUGGUGUACCACACUGUCCUCGUCUCAGAAACGUAGGAGUUAAAGAUCCUGAAGUGACUGGUAAUAGCCAACAUGUUACGACGCCUCCAAAAGGUCGCCCUCAGUACUUUGCAAACACAAAAGGAGGCCAGCAGCAUGACGUUGAUUCAAGUUACUACAUUUUCCAUCAGCUUGGUGUACCACACUGUCCUUUUCCCAUUAACGUAGGAGUUAAAGAUCCUGAAGUGACUGGUAAUAGCCAACAUGUUACAACGCCUCCAACAGGUCGCCCACAGUACUCUGCUAGCACAAAAGAAGGCCAGCAGCAUGACGCUGAUUCAAGUUACUACACUUUCCAUCAGCUUGGUGUACCACGCUGUCCUUGUCUCACAAAUGUAGGAGUUAAAGAUUCUGAAGUGACUGGUAAUAGCCAACAUGUUACAACGCCUCCAACAGGUCGCCCACAGUACUCUGUUAACACAAAAGGAGGCCAGCAGCAUGACGCUGAUUCAAGUUACUACACUUUCCAUCAUCUUGGUGUACCACACUGUCCUCGUCUCACAAACGUAGGAGUUAAAGAUCCUGAAGUGACUGGUAAUAGCCAACAUGUUACAACGCCUCCAACAGGUUGCCCUCAAUACUCUGCAAACACAAAAGGAGGCCAGCAGCAUGACGUUGAUUCAAGUUACUGCACUUUCCAUCAGCUUGGUGUACCCCACUGUCCUCGUCUCACAAACGUAGGAGUUAAAGAUUCUGAAGUGACUGGUAAUAGCCAACAUGUUACAACGCCUCCAACAGGUCGCCCACAGUACUCUGCUAACACAAAAGAAGGCCAGCAGCAUGACGCUGAUUCAAGUUACUACACUUUCCAUCAGCUUGGUGUACCACGCUGUCCUUGUCUCACAAAUGUAGGAGUUAAAGAUUCUGAAGUGACUGGUAAUAGCCAACAUGUUACAACGCCUCCAACAGGUCGCCCACAGUACUCUGCUAACACAAAAGAAGGCCAGCAGCAUGACGCUGAUUCAAGUUACUACACUUUCCAUCAGCUUGGUGUACCACGCUGUCCUUGUCUCACAAAUGUAGGAGUUAAAGAUUCUGAAGUGACUGGUAAUAGCCAACAUGUUACAACGCCUCCAACAGGUCGCCCACAGUACUCUGCUAACACAAAAGAAGGCCAGCAGCAUGACGCUGAUUCAAGUUACUACACUUUCCAUCAGCUUGGUGUACCACGCUGUCCUCGUCUCACAAAUGUAGGAGUUAAAGAUUCUGAAGUGACUGGUAAUAGCCAACAUGUUACAACGCCUCCAACAGGUCGCCCACAGUACUCUGCUAACACAAAAGAAGGCCAGCAGCAUGACGCUGAUUCAAGUUACUACACUUUCCAUCAGCUUGGUGUACCACGCUGUCCUUGUCUCACAAAUGUAGGAGUUAAAGAUUCUGAAGUGACUGGUAAUAGCCAACAUGUUACAACGCCUCCAACAGGUCGCCCUCAAUACUCUGUUAACACAAAAGGAGGCCAGCAGCAUGACGCUGAUUCAAGUUACUACACUUUCCAUCAGCUUGGUGUACCACACUGUCCUCGUCUCACAAACGUAGGAGUUAAAGAUCCUGAAGUGACUGGUAAUAGUCAACAUGUUACGACGCCUCCAAAAGGUCGCCCACAGUACUCUGCAAACACAAAAGGAGGCCAGCAGCAUGACGUUGAUUCAAGUUACUGCACUUUCCAUCAGCUUGGUGUACCACACUGUCUUCGUCUCAGAAACGUAGGAGUUAAAGAUCCUGAAGUGACUGGUAAUAGCCAACAUGUUACGACGCCUCCAAAAGGUCGCCCUCAGUACUUUGCAAACACAAAAGGAGGCCAGCAGCAUGACGUUGAUUCAAGUUACUGCAAUUUCCAUCAGCUUGGUGUACCACACUGUCCUUGUCCCAUUAACGUAAGAGUUAAAGAUCCUGAAGUGACUGGUAAUAGCCAACAUGUUACAACACCUCCAAUAGGUCGCCCUCAGUACUCUGUUAACACAAAAGGAGGCCAGGAGCAUGACGCUGAUUCAAGUUACUGCACUUUCCAUCAGCUUGGUGUACCACAUGUACACUGUGCUCGUCUCACUAACGUAGAAGUUAAAGAUCCUGAAGUGCAACCGGCUUUACUCAAUAAUGGCCAUUCGUUCAAUAGUUCAGCCAGAGCUGGCGCGAGUGUUCAUGGCAUAAACACCAGGUAUGCAAACUUCGGAUGUAACAUUGGUUCUGACAGCCAAAACAUUGGAUGCAGUGGAUCAUAUAAAUCUUUGUCUACGAAAGAGGGUGAGAGACGCUUUGAAGACAGAUUACCGAUAAUUCAGGAAACUUACAUCUCUCGCUCCUCAAAGGGCUUGAUUGGAUUGGAGGGUGAGACGCAUGUGAGAUCUUCGAAUCAUUUUUCAAGUAACGACGAGCCAUCUAACGUUAGUAAAGCUGCAAAAGCUCCUCAGCAGCAGAAAAACAUGUCCAGUGGACACAGGAGGCAGGAGCAUAUUCCAAGUGCGGAGGAAGCCGCCAAAUCACGACAAGCACACAGAUCGCAAGUUAAUAUUGAAAGUCCUGUUGCGCCUACAGGUGUCUUCAAUGUCAGUUCUGGUGCAACCGUACAGAACAGAACGAACGGGGAUUCGACUCGAAAAGUGGAUGGUUCAGCUUGUCAUUCCUCUCCUUUCCAGGUUCAAAAUCCUACUCAAGAUUCAGUGAAAGGUCCUCAAACUGGAGCUGUAUCAGUCGCUCAAACAACAUUGCCUCAUGAGGCACGUGCAGUUGAGCAAGCCAAAAAAGUUGAAAACGGCUUAUGUGAACAUUGCUUGCUACCCGCGUCAUGCAUUUGCCGUUCUUGUCAUCAGUUAGUCUGUGGAAAGUGUAAGAAAGUCUAUUCUGUGGAUAUUUGCGCAGUUACUAAAGGAGAGCAUGAAUUUGCGAACCUCAAGGCCUCUGAAGGAAAGGGUGAACAAGGCAAUGGAAUUAGUGGAGAAAAAUGGUCCUGUCUUCGUUGCACGUACGUAAAUCCUGCAGAGAACAAAAUCUGUGCCAUGUGUUCCACGACACGUGAAAAGUGCAAGGCAAUCUCUGCUGUGGAUAUUUGCGCGGUUACUAAAGGAGAGCAGGAAUUUGUGAACCUCGAGGCCUCUGAAGGAAAGGAUGAACAAGGCAUCGGAAUUAGUGGAGAAGAAUGGUCCUGUCUUCGUUGCACGUACGUAAAUCCUGUUGAGAACAAAAUCUGUGCCAUAUGUUCCACGACACGUGGACUUGGUGCUGUGGAGCUGUCAAAGCCGGGCAGCAGAGUUUGUAGUUCGUGUACAUUCCACAACAAAGAGAACGCUAAGAUUUGUUCCGCUUGUUUUCGUCAUUUAGACUUGAAUUUUUUUGAGACGAAAAUAUGA